GGAUAGUCACAGUUGUGAAGUGUUCAGGCUUCCAGUGACAUUUCCUCAGAUAGUUUCCUUCGAGAUCCUGUAGUAGAACACUCAUCAAACAUGGCCGAUAAGAAGAAUCUUCUCCUGCUCUUCGAUCAUCCCACUGAGCCUGUGUUCAUGGACAAGGGCAAACGGGUGACCGUGUUUGAUGUUCCUGAUUCCUUCUUGACCGAUCGUUACCGCCCAAUCAGCAAUGAGGUUCAGAGCCGUGUUGGCGAUAAGGUGGAGCAGCGAGUUCCAGUCCGGGAGAUCUCCAUUCCUGAUCUGAGGAUUCCCAUGUCACUGGGACGCGAUGAGCAGUUCUCGCUGUUCCUGCCCAAGCACCGCAGGAUUGCCGGUCGCCUGAUAGACAUCUUCAUGAACAUGCGCUCCGUUGAUGAUCUGCAGAGUGUGGCCGUCUAUGCCAGGGAUCGUGUUAACCCAGUUCUCUUCAACUACGCCUUAUCGGUGGCUCUACUCCAUCGUCCAGACACCCAGGGUCUGGAUCUGCCCUCAUUCUCGCAGACCUUCCCCGAUCGGUUCAUUGACUCCCAGGUUAUUCGUCAGAUGCGUGAGGAGUCGUUUGUGGUGCAACCAGGUUCCCGUAUUCCCAUCACCAUUCCCAGGGACUACACCGCCUCCGAUCUUGAUCCAGAGCACAGGCUAUGGUACUUCCGUGAGGAUUUGGGCAUCAACCUCCACCAUUGGCAUUGGCAUUUGGUGUACCCCUUCGAGGCCUCUGACCGCAGCAUUGUGAACAAGGAUCGCCGUGGUGAGCUGUUCUACUACAUGCACCAGCAGGUGAUUGCCCGCUACAAUGCCGAGAGAUUCAGCAACAACCUUGCUAGGGUACUGCCCUUCAACAAUCUGCGGGACCCCAUUGCCGAGGGAUACUUCCCCAAGAUGGACUCUUUGGUGGCCAGUCGCGCUUGGCCUCCUCGCUUCGAGAACAUCAGGCUGAGCGAUCUCAACCGAGAAGCUGAUCAGCUUAACGUGGAAAUCGGAGAUUUGGAGCGCUGGCGUGAUCGCAUCUAUGAGGCUAUCCACCAAGGAUUCGUCAUGGAUGAGCGUGGCAACCGAGUGCCAUUGGAUGAAGCUACGGGCAUCGACACCCUUGGCAACAUGAUUGAGUCCUCCAUUCUGUCACCUAACCGAACCCUGUAUGGUGAUCUGCACAACAAUGGCCACACCUUCAUCUCUUAUGCCCAUGAUCCGACCAGCAAGCAUCUGGAGUCCUUUGGAGUGAUGGGUGAUGUGUCCACCGCCAUGCGAGACCCGGUCUUCUACAAGUGGCACUCGUACAUCGAUCGCAUCUUCCAGGAGCACAAGAGCCGCCUGCCGGCUUAUACCGAUACUCGGCUAAACUACUCUGGCGUCACUAUUGAGGGCAUCCAAGUGGACACCAAUGGAGGUCAGCCCAACACACUGACCACCUUCUGGCAGCAGUCGGAUGUCGACAUGUCCCGUGGCUUUGAUUUCCUGCCCCGUGGCAAUGUCUUCGCCCGCUUCACCCAUCUGCAGUACUUGCCCUUCACCUACACUAUCAGUGUGAACAACGAUGGCGGUGCCCAGAGAUUCGGCUACGUGCGCAUCUUCAUUGCACCCAAGAAUGAUGAGCGUGGUCAGCCCAUGUUGUUGCGCGAACAGCGUUCCCUGAUGAUUGAACUGGAUAAGUUUGUGGUUGCCCUGAACCCGGGACCCAACACGAUUCGUCGCCGAUCCACUGAAUCGAGUGUGACUAUUCCAUUCGAGCGCACUUUCCGUAAUCUGGAUGCCAAUCGCCCGGCUGCCGGCACUGCUGAGGAACUGGAGUUCAACUUCUGCGGCUGUGGAUGGCCUAAUCACAUGUUGAUACCGAAGGGUCUGCCCGAAGGACUGCCUUGUGUGCUGUUCAUCAUGGUGUCCAACUAUGAGAAUGAUAGGAUUGACCAGCAACUGGUGGGUCGCUGCAGUGAUGCUGCUUCCUACUGUGGUGUCCGUGACCGCCUGUACCCGGAUCGACAGUCCAUGGGUUAUCCUUUCGAUAGAUUGCCCCGCUCUGGAGUCGAUCGCCUGGUGAACUUCCUCACUCCCAACAUGAGCAUUGUAGACGUGAACAUUCGCCACGAGAAUCGCACCGUUCAGCGCCAGAACUAGAUGACGAACCGCUCCUGAUCCACAUUUUACCGCCCUGACCCGAAUCGAUGGCCUUGCCCAUUACUAGAUAUAUAACUUUUAGCAAUCUAUUGCAUCUUUAUUGAGCCGCUUAAUAAACAAGACAUCAUCGUCAAGCAUUCCACAAA